CCAGGUCUGACGCUGCAGCAUAUCCAACAAUCAAGCGGUUUCGGACAUCUUGUUUUUAGAUAAUUUUCCCAGACCAAGCCCUUUUGCAUGGUAAUCAUUGAUUUAAACUCAAAGAUACUCUUAUAGCUGUUUCAACAUCAAAUAUGGGUUCGACAACAGACACCUCCCUCACUAAUAUGAUCCAAGAUGCCAUCUUGAAACUUUGUACACAUAAUAUCACAUUCACCAAAUCGUUGGAAAUAGAUGGAAUAAUAUGUGUGUCUCCGGGUGAAGCACAGCCUGACAUUGUUGUUAAAAUGCAUCGGACUAUUUUAAAGCCACAAACAAAGCCUGACCCACCUGUUAAAUCAUGGGACGAGACAUAUAACACAAAUCCUAACCCACAUCCAUUUACAACUGGAUAUACUUUACCUCAAGUGAGUUAUCCACAGGGGGACCAACGUAUGAGCUACGCAACUGCCAUUCCAGAUAAAUCAAGGACUUAUGUGAGAAAUACAAACACCGGUUCUCCAAGGAACAGACGGACACAUAUAACACAUACUGCUGCUACUCAUGAGCAACCAGAAGUAGAAUUUGCAACUCAUGACCCAACACAAGAAAAUUUGUCUACUCCAGGUGAAACUAUUCCAGUAGCUACUCAAAUGACACCUGUAGGCCUUGCUGAAACCAGCGCUCAAGGCCCUGAAGAUUCCCAAUGCAGCAGAUCUGAACAGGAAGAACAACAAACCUCUCUAACUUCUAAAAAUCCUGACAAUAAAAGAAAAGUUGAAUCUGAAACAUUCUCAAAUGAUGAUCCUCCUGAUAAACAAGCAAAAAUUGAAAUCAAAGAGGAACCUAUAACAAUAGAAGUAAAUGAUGAGGAUGAUGAUAUAAACGAUGGAGAUAUGAACACUGGAGAUUGGAUGCAGGAUAAUACAUUAGAUAGCCUAGAUAAUACUGCAGAGCAGAAUGGUAAUACGCAACAACAAAUGCAAGGAACGGACCCAAAUUCAGGUCAGGGUCCUUAUAUUAAAGUUAUCUUAUGCAGUGAUUGCGGAAAGCAAUAUAAGACAAAGACUGCACUAUUGACCCAUAUGGCCUCUAUUCAUAAACAAGGAAAACAUCCGUGCAAAUAUCAGGGAUGUGACAUGGUGUACAGCACUAAGUGGAAAGUUGAUCAGCAUUCCCGGCGGCAUAUUGGUGUAAAACAAUUUCAUUGCAACAAAUGUGGUCGUAAAGCUUCAUCCAAGCAAAUCUUGAAGAGACAUUUAUGCACAAUGCAAAAUAAAGACGUCUUACCAAAAUUCGCCUGUCACUAUGAUGAUUGUAGCAGCAAAUUCAAAAGAAAAUCAGAACUAACAUAUCAUGUCAAUGUUGUACAUCUUGACAUCAGAAUUACCUGCAAAAACUGUGGUCAGCAUUUUAAGUGGCGUACAAAUCUCCAAAAACAUAAAAAAUCUGGAUGUGGCAAAUGA